AUGUCCGGAAUCACUUGUCCAGACUGUCUUACCGGUUCAGUCAAGCGCGAAAUUCCAACUGGUACUGUAACGGCAAUUCAUGGCUUGCCAGCAUAUAUAGCACGGCCAGAGGGGCCACCCAAAGGGCUAAUCGUGAUAAUUCCAGAUGCUUUCGGAUGGGAGCUCCCGAAUAACCGUUUGCUCGCUGAUAUAUACGCCAAAGAGGGUGGAUUCCUGGUCUACCUACCCGAUUUCAUGAAUGGCCACAUACCCUCAGCAGCGGCUAUGCACGCCAUGGAGUCAUUGCUUACUCCAUCGCCAUCAAUCUUCACCACCAUCUUCUACAAACCUGUGUGGCUAGUCAAAGUCUUCGUCGCAAUAGUUCCAUUUCUUUUAACCAACAAAGAAUCGGCCAUCAAGCCCAAAAUCUUCAAAUUUCACGAAGCCUUGCGAAAUGAUCCCGAGACAAGCAAAUUGAAGCUUGGAUCUGCUGGCUUCUGCUGGGGGGGCAAGUACACAAUUUUGCUCUCCCAGACGGAGGACCUGGUCGAUGCGGGAUUCACGGCUCAUCCGAGCAAGAUGAAGUUUCCUAACGAUUGGGAUAAAGUCCAGAAGCCACUCGCUAUUGCGAUAGGGGAUGUCGACCUGGGAAUUAAUCUUAAAAUGGUGAAGGAUAUCAAGAAAUUGCUCGAGGAUAUGAAGCCAAAAGAGCAGAAUCAGGUCGUGAUUUAUCCUAGAGCAAGGCACGGGUUUGCGGUCAGGGCAAAUCCGGAGGAGGAGGAUCAGGUUAAGAGCGCCGUAGAGGCAAAAGAUCAGGCUUUGGCUUGGUUUUGGCGGUGGCUUGCGAGGGGAGAAGAGUAG